UGUUAUGCAAUCAGACAUAUCUCGUCCGACCUGACGGCGGUUUCCAUACUCAUCUCCGGCCUGUAACCAGCAAAUCAGAAGUUUAAUACAGUGCAGCUCGAAAAAAGCCCAGUGAUUAAAAGGAAAGAGCUCAUACUUUUACACAGGGACCGUCAAAGAUCACUUCCGUAUUUCGAAGCCUCACCCCCAGCACUCGCUCUUCUCGGUGCGUACCAAACGGGAUUUAUUACCCUCCGAAGGGCCCUUCGGGAAGAGGACGCCAUACAAAACGUCACUCCAAAAACAUUAAAUAAAGAGAAGAUGACGUUGUUUUUAUUGCUCCGUUUGCCAAGUAAAUUUUAAACGGACAGAUUAAGAGAUACAAUUGCGCUUUUCCCUCUAGAGUUUACACAUCAAGAGCUUUACUCUUCGAAGGGAGUAGGGGAUAGGGUUGAUCACUUCGGAAUGGAACGCAGGGUCUGACUCAGAGCUUUCUUCAUGGGGUACCGAUACUUGAGACAACAACUAAAUUUCGCACACCCAGACGAACACAAUGUGAAUAUCCUGAGGCUUUCGGAUAUUAGAAUGUAGACAUGCAUUCAUCUUGCUGGUACAAUUGUGCUUUUUUCCUCCUGCUUGAAGUAUCAGUGGUAUUUGGAGAUUUGAGCAGUCCUCAGAAUUUGACACUUCAUACGCUGAACACUCAUUACAUUCUGCAGUGGGACUGGGGUCAUGAGACGGCUAUGAAUGAGACUGUUACUUUCACCGCACAGUAUAUAGCGCAGUACAAGACCCGGAGGCCCACUCAAAGCCAGAACUGGAAAUCUGUGUGUGUUAAUGUGGUGGAGCGACGCUGUGAUUUCACAGACACUGGUCUGUUUUACUUCGGCUUGUUUCUGCUGCGUGUGCAGGCAAAAACAGCUCGGCAGUCUUCAUGCUGGGUCCAAAUUGAGUUCUGUCCUGAUAAACAUGCUGCUAUAGGUCCCCCAUCCAGUGUGCAGCUGAACUCAAUUAUAGACGGUUUAGAGAUUAUUGUUGCUGACCCACUAGACAACACUAACCAGUCUAUGAAGGACCUGGUACAAAAUAUGAAUUACCUCAUCCAGUACUGGAAGAAACAUGAAGAUGUGCAGAAAGCUGAUAUCUUGUGGACAAAAAAUAAUUUUGUGACAUUGUCUGAGCUGGAAAAAUGGACAUGGUAUUGUGUAAUAGUUCAGACCCACUGUGAAUUCUACAAUAAAAGCAGUGUCUAUAGUGACACACACUGCACGCAGACAGGAGGAGAAACUACAAACCUGAUGAUAUUUCUUUACUUCCUGAUAUCUCUGGUGCUGUUUUUUUUGUUAUUCCUGGUACUGUUUCUUGGCUCCUUCAAGACUUACAAGACAUUAAAGAGCAUCUUUUACCCAUCUGUUACACUUCCUUCGUACAUCCUGGAGCACAGGGCAGCUGACUCCGACAUGCCAAGGCUGUUGAUUCCUGAGCCAGAGAUGUUCUGUGAGCACUUGGACAUUACCAGUGCUGAGGUGAACGCUGCGAUCACAGUGAUGGAACAAGAUCAGGGCAUAGAAACACACAGCCAACAUGACAGUGGAGAUUCAGGCUUUAUCUCUACAGAGGAGGAUUCGUGUCAUAAAGAGUACAGACGGACACAACGCAUCAAACACAAUGAAGUCCACAUGGAAGACAUGUGUAAGAUGAACCACAGAGAAGAGAUACAAGAUGGGAUGAUGGGAGUUCUUUGUUUGAAACAAUGAACACAGAUGCUAAAUGCAGAUUCAUAUAGCACGGACAAGCAAAUUCACUUUUUUCACGAAAUGUACAAAUCUACUGUAGCAUAAUUUUCUUUGCAUUUGUCCAUUGGUCCUUUUAUCCUGAGCAGCAUACAAAAAAAAACAUUAUAAGCAAUUGCAGAGCUUUUGUUAUUGCAGCAUCUUAAGGUAUCCCUUUUCAGUGUAACGUUUCGCACGUGUGUAAAUUCAAAUAUGACACAUCUUACGUGCAGUUCUUUGUAUAUGAUUCCUAUCCAUCUUCUUCACAUCUCCAUGGAGGGCGCCAUUACAGCGAGUGACUUUCUGUUGGAUGCUCUGCGCUUCCGUUUAGUAUUUGUUAUUAGUCAGAGAACGUUACUGAUAAUGUUAUUGUGACGGUUCGGCAAUUCAUUUUGCUGUUAAAGCCUUUCACAACAGGACACAUUUCUCAAUGACUCCUCAACAUUUAAUUCUCAAACAGCAGCUCACCUAGAGGGUUCCUAUUAAAUGUUGCUUUCUGGACUCAGUCACGACAUGUGAACUUUCUUUUCCAUAAAGCAUUAUAUUCCUAACGAUGGGUCUGUUAGAUUAAACAUGCUAUGGGGCAAGCUUUUUUCAUGUAAACAAGAUUUGAUUGUUACCUUGUCGCAUUAUUAUGCACUUUAUUAUAACAAAAUGUAACUUUGUGCUUUCGUCAAAUAUGUCAGAUAUAUUGAUAUUAGUAAAAGUAUGUAAUGCAAAAAAUGAACCGGAUCAAUGAGGAAAUAAAGUUGACUGACUA